UUUCAACGACCGUUUAGCGGAUCAGGGAAGAAGCGCAUUCCUCUGUAGGCGCGGCAGACUCUCCCGAGCCGGGUUGAUCACAGUGGACCAGAGAAAGGCGCUGAAACCCGGCAAUAGCUAGAGGGAAUGACGGCAGGUGUUCUCGGGUAGCCACCGGUGGAGAGAGGUUAGGGAGGACUUGGUGGGGAAAUGGAGUGCGUAAAGCAGUCGGAGCCUGUACCUGCACCGUCUCCAGGAAGUUUAAAGCUCUGAUUGGAGGAGGAUUUCAGACGUUUUGUUCAUGGCGGGCUGCUGUGAGUGGAUCUACCGCACCUGUGUGUGCUGUCUGUCGGAGGAGGAGAAGACCGCCAUCGCUGUGGAUAAAGAGAUCAAGAGGAUCCUCAGGCAGCAGAAGAAGAAGGAGAGAAGAGAGAUCAAAAUCCUGCUGCUGGGAGCUGGGGAGAGUGGGAAAACCACCUUCAUCCGACAGAUGAAGAUCAUCCAUGGUCGAGGCUUCUCAGAAGAGGAAAGAAAAGCCUUCUCUAAGUGUAUCCACCAGAACAUCUUCACUGCCAUCAACGCCUUGACAGGAGCCAUGACCACACUCAGAAUCCCUUAUACCAGCUCUGAGAAUGAGAGGUUUGCCAAGUGGCUGCAGGAUGUGAACACAUUACACAUCGUUGAUCUGGAGAGGGGAUAUGUGGAUGCGAUCCGCCGCCUCUGGUCAGACGGGGGAAUACGAAUUUGUUACAGCCGCCGCUGCGAGUACCAGCUGCUGGACUCCACCGAGUACUACCUGAACAACUUGGAGCGGAUCUCAGCCCAGGACUACAUCCCUACGGAGCAGGACGUGCUGCGUGUUCGGUUUCCCACCACGGGCAUCCACGACUACUCAUUCACCAUCAAGAACAUCACGCUAAGGAUUGUGGAUGUUGGCGGUCAGAAGUCGGAGCGUCGGAAGUGGAUCCACUGCUUUGAAAACGUUACCUCCCUCAUCUUCCUGGCCUCCCUCAGCGAGUACGACCAGGUCCUAGAGGAGAGAGAGACCAUUAACCGCAUGCAUGAGAGUCUGGCUCUGUUCUACACCACCAUCCAUUCUGCCUGGUUCCACAACACCUCCAUCAUCCUCUUCCUCAACAAGACCGAUAUCCUGGAAGACAAGAUCCGGACCUCAGAUCUGAACAAAUACUUCACUGGUUUCACAGGUGAUAAGCAGAAUGCCGAGCAUGCAAAGCAGUACAUCCUUAAAAUGUAUGAGCAGCGGGCGGUCAACCAAGAAAAUCGGGAAUGGAAGACCUUGUACCCACACUUCACCUGUGCCACAGACACCAACAACAUCCGCAAGGUUUUCACCGACAUAAGGGACACGGUGCUGCUCAAGUCACUAAGCGACUACGGAGUCCUCUGAACUUUUACUGAGGAGUGAGAAGCAGAAUGAAAAGCGAUGGAUCCCACAUUCAUCUCUAGACAAGACUGAGAGAAGCGGUUCAAGACCACAAUGAGCUCUGCUUUUUCACAUGAAGAAUAUUCUCCUUUUGAAAUCCUCUCCCACUAAAAAAGCAGUGGGUUGCUACUUCUUUACUCAACUUGGAAUCUAAGAACACGAAGUUCUAUAAAAAGCGCUGGAAUUAUGUAGCUUUAAUCACACUCAUGAUUCUUAGUAGGAUUAUUUUUUUUUACAGAAGAAGUGUUUGGGUCAUGCAGGAUACAUGUACUGUAAUUGAGGCUGGAGUAGAGAUGGUGUGGUGUGACCAUUAAUGGUGGAGAUCGGGGUCAUGCAUGGCUACUCCACUGCUGUCCUGCACAUAUUAACAGCUUCAAGUGUUUCCACCAGUUAAAAACAGGAAGAGUAGAGGUUUAUGCACACUAAAAUGCAAACCAUUAACACAGAAAGUUACCAAAAGUUACUCUUUUUCUAAUGAAUCUUGACAAUACAGUGUAUCUCUGAAGCAUAGGCUCUCAACAGUGUGUCAAAUUCCAAAAAAAUGCCAACAAAAACGAAGCUGCUGGACCACACUGAGUUUUGCUGAUGAAUUUAUUGUUAAAUGUGUUAAAAGCUACACUGUCAACCCUCAUGUGCUGUUGAGGAGUUGAGGUGAAGCAUUUUUUAUACCAGUUUUUAGGAAAAAUUACACCAGUCAGACUUUUACUGGGCAGUUUCUGGUUUCCAGUCUGACCUGCCAAUUCAGAUUUGGAUCCAUUCUUUAAUAUUUUCUUUUAUAGGUGUAAUAGUUUUGAACUUAACAGAAAAAUUACAAGAAAUUGCAAGCUUAUCGCCAUUUAUGCAUCAAAGCAUAUAUCACAAACCUUUAUCUUGUUUUUUAUUAAUAGCAAAAAUGUGCACCAAAGUACAUAAUCUUGGUUGAUGAAUUUAGAGACUGAAAAUGGAAGGAGGUCUAAGUUUUGAAGAAAUUAAUGAAUAGGCAUGAAAAGGGCUGAUUUUUCAGUAUUUGAUGUGUUUAUCACCAAUCAGAGCCUAUCAAGGGGAAAUUCGCCAACCUCUGGGUAAUUGAUUGGUGCAUCUGUAGUUUUUAGUCCUUUUUCGACAGAAAGAAGCAUUAUAUGGGCAGAUUUUACAGGAGGCAAAUAUAGUUGACCAUUUCAGCAGUUUUUGCUGCCCUCUAAACUUAUCCACACCCCUGCUAAGCAUGUGUAAGAACCCUUAAACUAAAUAGAUCUUUAUGAUAAGAACCAGAAAAAACUUCUGUUUUAUUGUUUUUUGGGGACAAAUGUUCCUGGUGAGUCCUUCAUGACACAAAGAAUGGAUAUAUGUGGAAAAGAGCCUCAUCCCAUUGUUAAGUAUGGUGGAGAAUCUGUGAUGCUAUGGGCCCAGAGAAGCUUGAUGGUGGCUUCAUGAACUUUCUGAAAUAUCUGAAAUUUUAAAAAGAAAAUCUGGUGGACUUUGCCUAAAAUCUGAAACAUUUAAUGUUUCAUCAUCUGCUGGGAACACUGGAUAUUAUCUACUUGUCUGGUGCUUUUUGUUUGAAUAGAUAGACAUGUUCUGUCUACUUUGCUUAAUCAUUUUUGCUGCCUACAAGUGUAAUAAAGCUCUUACACUUUUAAGUUUAGGCUUUAAGCCAGCAUGUUUUUGUUUUUUACCAUUUAUAUAGCUAUGUGAUGGAGAUGGUUGUUUUCUAUUCCAUCUAAACAUCGUACUAUCUGUGGAGAGGUCUUAAAGAAGAUGUGAAAAAGCUGGACAAUCAAAAAAGAGAUAAUUUCACUAAAAGAAACGCAUAUUUAAACUGGGAAGCUGUAUACAUGUUCAGAAGCUGUAAAAGUGGAAAAUGAAUGCUGAGGAGUCUUUGAAUAAUAUAAAUAAAUAAAGAUAUAUAUAUCUAUAUAUGUGUGUAGAGAGAGAGACCUGGAGAUGUCAAAUCUCAAAUACAGAGCAGUGUCUUACUUGAAACAGUCCGAUAACUGCGCUCACAUCCUUGGGUAAAAUUCGAGACUAGAUUAUUAGACUUGAUUAAAGCGUGAUCAUCUGUUAUUAGAAGGAGCUCAGCCUCAGUGGGUGGAGGAUGUCUUCUACUGGUUUAUAUUGCAAGUUCUACCUCUGUGUAUUCAUUUUGAGACAAUAGAGGGGUUACAAACUAAUCUAAAAUCAUGAAACUAACUGACUGUAAAUAGAAAGCUCACUUGAGUCCUCAGCGGAGCCUUAAUAUCCGUAUUUCUGAUUCUUUACAGUGCAUUUAACACAAAUAUGGAAGCUUUCUGUACACGACCACUGUUUUUGAUUCAAUUGUAAGUCUUGAAUUUGUAGUAAUUGUUGACCUGCUGGACAUAGACUGUAACCACAGAGUGGAUUUGUCAGUGAAUUACUUUCCUCCCUUUGGUGUCAGUAAAUUAUUUUGUGUUGAGUCUGGUGGAGGAAGAUUGAAAACAUGUUUUUAUAGGCAAUAUUAAAAAGAAAAUCUAAACACA